UUUGACGCGUCGACAUCGUUUAUGUUUGUUGACAUGUACAAAAAUGAAGUGAUCCACUUAGUAUUUUUUUGUCUGUAAGAGUGAGAGUGAUACAGAGUACAAGUGACAUCUGGUUGAAUAUGUCCUCAGUCUGUGAUGGACGAAAUAUUGAGCAAAUCCGUCGAGUAUCAACAGUAUGGAAAUCUUAUUUGUACCAGUUGCAGCAGCAGGCACCCAAACCUGCAGCAGUGCUGUGUACAGAUCGGCCCCCUGAUUGUCCACCAUAUUAUGGCUUGGAAUACCAUGGUAGUAUCAGCCACCUUCAAAGCCAAGAUAAGCUAACCAUGAAUGGAUCGUACCUUGUACGGCGCAGUGAGAAGGCAGAGGGAUUCUAUACGCUCAGCAUGAGGUGUGGAUUCUGUGGCCAUUUCCUAUGGGGCUUCGUUUCACAAGGUGUUAAAUGCCAGGAUUGUAGUUUUAAAGCACACAAGCAAUGCAGUUACAAGGUCCCUAAUGAUUGUUGCCCAGAUCUUAAAGAUUUACAAAGUAUUUUUGGAGCUGACCUUACAACUAGUUUAAGUAUAGCUGGGUCUACAGAUAAUGUUCCUAAGGUAGUGCUGGACUGUGUGGCAGAAGUUGAAGCACGGGGACUUACAACUGAAGGGAUUUAUAGGGUUCCAGGGUCACAAGACCAGAUUGAAACUUUGAGAUUGGCAUUUGAAAGAGAUGGUGAUCGCGUGAGCUUAAAUGAGAAGGCUGUUCCAGACAUCAAUGUAGUCGCUGGUGUGUUAAAACUCUACUUGAGACUUUUACCAAUUCCUCUUAUUACUACUCAGUGUUUCAAUAGACUCAUAGGAACUUGCAAACUUACUGACCAGGAAGCAAGGGUGUCCAGCAUACGAGAUGCUCUCAUAACUUUACCUCCUGCUCAUUAUGCCACUCUUAAAGUUAUCAUUACACACCUUGGAAGGGUUUGUGAACACAGUGCUGUCAACAAAAUGACAGCAACCAGUCUCAGCACUUGUUUUGCUCCAACACUAGUUCAGACUGCUGCACCAACUGACCAGCUCCAACCGGCAGAUUUGCUUGCCUUAGCAAAUGCAGCACAGGAGCCAAGGGUUGUAGAAGCUCUCAUCAUUUUUCAUCCUGAAGUCUUUCAGUAGUAUACUGGCAUACUUGCACCUUGUUCACUUUUGGUAUGGUAUGUUGUACAGUAUUUUGUAUCAUCCUGUGCCUUUCUAACUCAUAAGCAAGACUGCAUUCUUUUCUGAAUGUUGACUUUACUUAUUUUCCUGUAUUUUUUUUUUUCACUCUAAAUACUGUAGUAAAUCAUCUCGGCAAGUCUGAGCAUUUUGACAGAAAAAUCUUUGGUUUCCUGACCACAUGAUAUUAUUUAAUCUUGAAAAGCUUUAUUAAUCAUAACACAAAAUGGAGAAGAAUUUGAAAUCCUAAGCUCUUGUUUUGUAUGUUGUACGUGUUUGAAAUAACAAGGUCUUUAUUUUCACUUUAUAUUGAAUUAAGUACAUGAGAAGCCAGCAUUUCACUGUACAUGUAUAUUAAAGUAGAAUUAAUCUUCAAUUAUUGUAAAAAAAAAAGUACUUAUAUGUUAUAAGUCUUCUUUAUUUUAGUACAUGGAACACAUGUACAGGUACAUUGCUAUAUAUGCAUAAAUUGAAGCUGUAUCUGAAAAAGUGCAAAUAUGCGGAUACAAUAUUUUUUUAACCUAAAAGUAGAUUCAUUACCAUUUUAAGUUUUCAACAGAGCAGGCUCUCCAAAAGAUUUAUGGUAAAAUUUGAAUGUAGAACUUAAGAUUAGAUAAAUUUUUGUAAUUUGUGAGCUUUAAUUAUUAUUAGAUAUGUUAUUCUUUUCUAUGAAGUAUUUUAGCAUUUUCAGUUGAAUCUGUUCAUGUAUCCACGUCAUGGCAAUCCUUUGAACACAAUGAAGAAUUUAUACAUUUUUAAAUGGCCUCAGAAGCAAUAGUGAGAGAAUAAUAGGACUGAAUGAUACAUGACAAUGAAAAUCCGUUAUAAGACAAAGGAUGCUUGUAGUUCAUUGAGUUUUAUUUCUGGUAGCUGUGAAUGAUUUUAUAUAAGAUUUUCCUUUUACAAGGUUAGACUUGUAAUGGGUCUUCUCUAGUUUCCUAUCAGUGCACUUUAUGAUUGAACUUUGUCAGGUUUAGGUCUUCAUCUGUGCCCUUUCCCCAUGAUUUCCACAUCCUUACUGCAGGCCAGCUAUUUUCUCAUCUACUACUUUCUUACCAUUUGUUCCUUAUCCAAAUCAUCUUAUUGUAUGAGAUCUUAUUCUAGUUUCCAGUCAUUAGACCACAUCUCUCUGCAGCUGCCUCAUUUGUAAUGUAGUCUAAUAGACUUUUCAGUUUAUAUACAGAACCAAGUGAUAUGUUGAGUUUUCAUGCUCAAGAGCUAAGCCCAAAUGAUAUACAAUGUAUACAUAUAAACCAAUUUUAAGGUUUUAUGCCUACAACCUUAAUUUCAUUAGUCAACCUGUAAAGGUUUUAUUAUCAGUCCUGUAGGUAGUAUGAAGGGGUACUAUUCCUACAUAAUAGGCUAUGUAAAAGAUACACAGCAUAACAAAAUAUGUAUUGUAAUUCUGAAAGUUAGUUACAAGAAAAUUAGUAUACGUAAUUUCAAAUGCAAGGCAAAUUGCUGUUGGAAAAUUGAUCAUCUAUUGCUUAUUCAUACCCUAAUUUGUAUUCUGUAAUUAGUUUUAAAGAAUACUAUGCAGAUUAGUUUUUCUCGCUGGAAUUAAAUUAUAUCAUCCCUCUGUGAUAAAACGAAAGCAUAUUUACAGUUUACAAAAAAAAAAUUAGGAAGCAUACCUAAUCACUAUUUUAUAUAAGGAUUACAAAAAUAUAUAGAUUUUAUCUAAGGAUUUUAAUAAUAUGUAUGGAUUCCAAGAUGAGUUCCUGGAACCAGUUGCCUUCUCCAUAGAUGUUGGGGCUGAUUGUAUUAACUUUAUUUCUGAGAACUAUUAAUUAUUAUAAAAACUGUUCCUACUAAGAUACCCAGAGGGUUGUAUAUUCACAAAUUGAAUUAUGCUUUACAGUUAUACAGCUUUAUUAUAAUUUGUUUCUGCUUAGGAACUGUCAUGCUAUUUUAUUAACUUGUUCAUUAUUUAGUUAAUUUGGUUGUCGUCUCACAGUUUCCUUUUUACAUACUUUACUUCAUCUAGUCUUUCAACUGAAUUGUUUGAAAAACACCUAUAUGUAUAGUUUUCUAUUUUGGUGCCCUGAACUUUAAAUAGAUAACAUUCUACCUUUAAAAUGUGCUAAAUGUUAAGAAUGUUAAAGCUAUUUUAUAAUUUAGCUGGCAGCUUGAUGCACUUCAUACAGGGAUGUAAUUUUUACUCACUUGAUAUAUGGAGCAUCUGUACCAUAGCACAGUAUAUUAGAAGUAAGGUAUAUUUUCCGAUUUGUCAUUGUGGAGACGUUGGCUAGAUUAGCUGUGGGGCUUCUUAACUGUUUAACACCAAGUAAAUAGAUAUAGAUUUGAAGGCAUAGGUGCUUAGUACAUAUAAUGUAAGCCAAUGCCAACAAUAGAUAUUUUAUUGCUAGAAUAAAGGCUUUAUGUGAAAGUAAUCUUGAAGACAUUUGAAAAUAACUUAUAGUGGGAACUUCUUAGGCAUUCACAGAUCCCUAAAUAUUUAAAAUUUGCUGACAUUUUUAUAUAUUUAUGUUAUGUUUAUAAAUAUACAUGUUUCCCAUAGAUUAAGUUUGAAGUAUGGUUAUUGAAAAUUACUAUUAAUGAAAGCGGAAAUUAUUUCAAUAUUUUGUCCUUGUUGGAAUAUUAAAGAUCCUCAAUGUUUUGAUGACUCUUGUAUUGUUUUACAUAUUCUGAGACUUUUGGGAUACAUUAUUAAUACCAUUCUUGUUGGCAGUAUUGAAUCUUUAGAGGACAGGAUAAAUAUAUUCCAAAACUGCAAGGAUACAUAAGCAACAAUAUGCAGGAUGAAUUAAAAGUUUUUUUUCUCAUUAUUAUUUAUAAAAAUCUCAUAACAUGAUUCACUAGAAAGGUAAAAAAAUCAAGACAGAUGUUAGUGUAAAUGUGUAUUUACACUCAUCAUUGUGGAUUUUUUCAGAAUAAUAAUAGUUAUUA